AUGCUUGGUGAAGGUGGCUUCGAUCCCGUUUACAAGGGGAAGCUAAUGGAUGGUCAAGAAAUAGCAGUGAAAAGGUUGGUGAGGACGUCAGUGCAAGGAGUGGAAGAGCUUAGAAAUGAAGUAGUGUUGGUUGCUAAGCUUCAGCACAGGAACCAUGUAAGGUUGCUAGGCUGUUGCUUGGAAGGAGAAGAGAAGAUGCUUGUCUGCGAAUACGUUCACAACACCAGCCUCGACUCCUUUCUAUUUGAUCCAAUCAAAUGCCUAGAACUUAAUUGGGAAAGACGAAACAAGAUCAUCAUAGGGAUCGUUCGAGGUCUUGUUUAUCUCCACGAAGACUCAGAUUAA